AUGGAACCGGGAAAAAUUUUCCAGCAGGAGUUACUGCCGAAAUACGAGUGUCUUCUCUUCGAUGUUGAUGACACUCUAUAUCCCCUGAGCUCUGGUUUGUCAAAAGAAUGCGCCCAAAAUAUAAUCGAAUAUAUGGUUCAGAGACUUGGCAUAGACGAAAAAGAAGCCCCUAAAAUGAAUCAAGUUUUGUACAAGAAUUAUGGCACAUCCAUGGCCGGUCUUAGGGCCGCUGGCUACGAUUUUGAUUAUGAUGACUAUCACAGCUUUGUUCAUGGGAGAUUAUCCUAUGCGAAACUGCAUCAUGACUACCACCUCAGGACCCUUCUUCUUAGCCUGCCUGUACGGAAAGUUAUAUUCAGCAAUGGGGACAAGGCUCACGUAGCCAAGGUUAUCAAGAGGCUUGGAUUAGAGGGCUGUUUCGAUGAAACCAUUUGCUACGAGAAUCUGAAUCCCCCUCCCAAUACAAAUGACACUAACGGCUCAGCGUCCCUACCAAUUCCUAUCUUUUGCAAACCCCAAGAGAUUGCGUUUGAAGUUGCUUUUAAAAAAGCUGACAUUGACCCCAGGAAAACGUUAUUCUUCGACGACAGCAUUCGCAACAUACAGGCUGCAAAGCGUGUGGGGCUCCAAACUGUGUUGGUUGGCUCUCCUUUACAGUCAGAUGGCGUGGAUUUUACAUUAGAAAGCAUCCAUAACCUAAAGGAGGCAUUACCACAGCUCUGGCAGCUUCAUGACUUUGAAAAGUCAGAGAACAGGAAUGAGACUCGCAGAGAGACGGGAAUGGAAACUUCCGUAGUAGCAUAGCUUCCAAACCCUUCUUCCUCACGCAGAAUUGCAGACCAAUGUAACAUCCUGUCGCUUCUGUAUCAUCAUCAUUCGUCAACUACCCCAAUGUGGUAUGUUAUUAGUUGUUGCAUGGAACAUAAGCCCAACUCGGGUCAAUAGCAAAAUCGACUCAUCAAACUUGUUAAUCAAGAAAUCUUUCUUGAUACAACAUGAUGGAUUGUG